GCCGCCAUGCUGCUCAUCUGACGAAAGUAGCCGGGAAAACAGAGCCCAGGCGUAUUUUUACAUUUUGAGAUAGCUACGGAUAUAUUAAAUAUACUUACGGCCUGUGUGCUAUAAUAUGCUUAUGAGGUUUAUCAGUUUUUACUAAAACAAUAGUACUUUGAUACUGUGCUCGCUAACGUUAGCUAGCUAAAGUUUAACGGCUGCCUGUUAACCGUUACACCAUCGACAUCAAAACACAGGUGUCUCUGUCUGAUUCAGUCUCUGCGCCCACUUUUUUCCUCCAUCCUCGUCAUUUUAAACCGCGUACAAAUGGCAAGAAGCCUCGGUGGACUCUGUGAGAGCUUCCAGCGCCUCGGCUCCCUUUUUUCUGCACAGACUCACCUCAGCCUCCCUCCGAGCAGAGCUUCGGUCAGGAGCGUCUCUGCUCGGGCCGCAGCGCCCCAGGACUUCAGCCUUCCUAACUCCUCUUGGAGCUCAGAAAUGAUGCGAUUGUACGAGCAUUAUAACAGCCAGUGUGAAGUGGAGACAGAAGGAGGACAGAAAAGGAGAGGGCCGUGGCGGAGACUGCCAAGCUACAGUCAAAUCGAAAAAUAUCCUUCAGGUGGAAUGUAUCGCAGUAAAACAGUCCAGUCGAAAUCCUGUUUUUUUACCCGGAACAUCAAAGACCAGGGGGAAGGAUUUGAGUACGUUCUGUUUAUUAACAAUAAGGAGCAGAAGGGUGUGUGCAUUUUCCAGGCUGGACCACUAUUGGAAGGGGCACCAGGACACGUCCAUGGGGGGGCAAUAGCCACUAUGGUUGAUACUUUGAUCGGGACUCAAGCUGCCUUCCUCUUCGGACCCGUUUUGACAGCCAACCUGAACAUCAACUACCGCAGCCCCAUCCCACUGGGAAGCACGGUGUUGCUCGAAUCCUCUGUGGAUAAGAAGGAAGGAAGGAAAACAUUUAUGUCGUGUAAAGUGACCAGCACCGAUGGCUCCAAAGUGCACACAGAAACAACAGGCUGCCCAGAAUGUGUGUUUGGAUCCAGUGUGAGUGCCAUGUCUUGGAGGAACAUUGACCACAAUGAUGUAAACCGAGAAGACAUAUCGAUUAUUCAUCGUUUUCUUUGUGUCUGCUGUUGUUUUCCUAUCUCACACAAACUGAGGAUGCCUACUGCAUAUCCUACUACUGUCAAAAUAAUCCCCCUGCAUAUAGUGCAUGUGCAGAACCCUGCAGGUGUAUUAAAACUCCAUUAGAGUUAUAUGAUGAGGGAUUUAAUGGAAGUUUUUUAAGCUGUGAAUGUAAAGUAAAAGGCCAAACCUUCACUAGAAUUUAAUGUCUCCUGUAUGGAUUGUAUUUUCUCGAUUAGUGUGGCGGAAAUUUGUGGCAGCAACAUGGGAUUAUAUUUCUCAACUGAGCACUACAAAGCAAAACCCGAUCCGCUGCUAUUACGUAACAGCCGGUGACAUAACUCUCUCCAGCCUGGGACGGUCAGGGCGCACAGA